AUGAAAAGAACCGAAUCGAUAUCUUCCAUGACCAACCAAGAGCUUCGUGGUGUUCUGGAUUCUGCUCACAAGUCCUGCAAAGAGCUCAAAGAAGCAAUUUGUUCCCUCACAGCAAAGAUUCACUUCAGCGUGCUUGACAAAGUAGCUGUAAGUCACGAUGGAAAGCUUCACUCGUUGCGACAUAGUUUGGAACAGCUAAGCCGGCUUAUGGUGACAUUCAUGCAAAUUCUUCAUAGCGACGACAGUCAGGCAAUAUUCAUGCAGAAGAGCCAUAUAAACGCUCCGAACAGGCUAGGAGGAAACAUCUUACAGAUCAAAGCGAACAUUGUCUCGUUGCGAACCAUGGUGGACAAGAUACCCUCACUGUUAGAUAUGAAUACUGCGAAGUCCGUCAAAGCUAUUGUUGACAUGGGGAUGGUAGAACAAAUUCUUUCUUGGAUCUCAGAGGUCGAAAGCAACUAUCAGGUGCACCAGCCGUUGAAACCCGCGUCCAACCAAGGCACCCUCAGAAAUCCAACUUUACGGCAACUAAGCAAUCGAUCGGACAUGAGGCUGAGAACUUGCUUUGAAGAGCAGGCCAAGAUCGAAGGCAAAGAUCUGCUGACUGAAAAGAGCUCUCGACAUGCUUGGAAUCGAUAUCGCAUGCAAGUCCACAGACCGCCUGCCAUAGUUGUAAGAUGA